UCCACAUAAAUGAAGCAUCUUAGAUCCUAUUAUACAUUCGCUACUGCCAUUGCUCUUUUAUUUUCAUUUGAACCUCCUUCAUAUGAUAUUCGUGAAAAGUUUGUUCAAUGUGUUUACAACUAUCCCUAUGUCUCUAACUCAAUCUCCAACGUUGUUUACACACAAACCAACACUUCAUACUCCUCUGUACUAGACUUCUCUAUUCGAAAUGCUAGGUUCUUCAACAUAAGCUCAAAACCCCAAGUCAUUGUCACACCACUCGACGUUUCCCACAUUCAAGCCACCAUAAUCUGUUCCCAACGCCAUGGCCUGCAAAUUCGAACCCGAAGUGGAGGCCAUGAUUACGAGGGUCUCUCGUACGUUGCUGAGGUUCCAUUUGUCGUCCUUGACCUCAUAAACCUUCGACAAAUCAGAGUUGACGUAGAAAACCGAACCGCGUGGGUUCAAGCUGGAGCAACUCUUGGUGAACUUUACUACACGAUUAGUCAGAAAAGCAAAACAUUAGCAUUCCCAGGGGGUGUGGGUGCCACUGUAGGCACUGGUGGCCUCAUCAGUGGAGGUGGUUAUGGAUUAUUGAUGCGUUCGCAUGGUCUGGCCGCAGAUAAUAUCAUAGAUGCUCACAUAAUAGACGUGAAUGGUAAUCUUCUUGACAGAAAAGCCAUGGGUGAGGAUCUGUUUUGGGCCAUUAGAGGAGGUGGGGGAGCAAGCUUCGGUGUCAUCGUGGCUUGGAAGAUAAAACUAGUUCCGGUUCCAUCAACUGUGACAGUGUUCAAUGUUGCAAGGACAUUGGAAGAGAAUGCAAUCGAGGUCCUUUAUAAAUGGCAGCUUGUGGCCGAUAAAUUGGACAAGCGUUUAUUCAUCAGGGUUGACGUGACUAAAGAUUCACGUAAACAUGGAAAGCAAAUAAUACAAGCCAAUUUUGUGUCCAUGUUUCAAGGAGGUGUAGACGAACUUAUUCCACUGAUGCAAAGGAGCUUACCAGAGUUGGGUUUGGACAGAAAAGACUGUACCGAAACGAGUUGGAUUGGCUCAGCUGUCUUCGCGAAUGGUGUGUUGAAUGGAUCUUUAAUUAGCAAUGAACCCCCAGAAGUUUUGUUGAACAGAUAUCAAAGGGAUUUAGUGAAAUACAAAGGAAAAUCUGAUUGUGUGAUGAAACCCAUUCCUAUUGAUGGAUUACGAGGGUUAUGGCGCAUGCUUUUUGACAAUGAGAUUGAAAUAGCUCAGUUCGAAUUGGUUCCUCAUGGAGGCAGAAUGGAUGAGAUUUCGGAAUCCGAAAUUGCAUUCCCAUUCAGAUCUGGAUACAGAUUUCAUAUUCACUAUGUGGUCGUUUGGGAAGAGGAAGGGGACGAGGCCGCACAAAGGCAUAUAAAUUGGAUUAGAAGAGUGUAUAACUAUAUGGAACCUUACGUUUCAAACUCUCCUAGAGCUGCAUAUGUGAAUUACAGAGACCUUGACUUUGGGGUGAAUAACAAUGGCUACACAAGCUACGACCAAGCCAACAAAUGGGGUGUCAAGUAUUUCGGUAACAAUUUUAGGAGAUUGGCUAUAGUGAAGACCAGGGUUGAUCCUAACAACUUUUUUAGAAACGAACAAAGCAUUCCUACGCUGUUCGAGGAAGGAGAUUAAAUUAACUCUAAACCAUCCAGUAUC